GCGUCGUUGGCGACGGCCAGGAAGGCGCGCGGCGACUCUCGCAUCUCCAGGGCGCAUUUGUGCAGCUGAGACACGGGCUCGUCCACGCACGAGACGACGUGCUGCUUGUUUACCUUCCGGAUCACCUCAAGACAAAACAAACAAACAACAACAAAAACACGGUCACGGAAGGAAUUCGAGUCGUAAAUGCAAUUGGAGGAACUAGCGAAGCUGAAAUGAUUCAUCGAAUACUCAAUCACGUUCCCAAAAACACAUUUAGGGUGUUUUUGAGGGGGGCUGCGACGGAUGAAUUCUGUUUCCAUUCAAUGGAGCAAGAUGAUUCGAAAUACUGGAAUCCAAGUCGGAUCUCAAGACGGCGCAGUAUGGACGAAAGCUGUUGCCAUGACGAUGAGGCGUGUGGCCGCGGCCGUCGCCCUGGCGCUGCUCAACAUGGCCGCCGUUGCCGCCGCCAGGCCCAAAGCAGGUUCUGAGGAGAAAUGCCAGUCGGGCCCGGCGGACCUGGUCUUCCUGAUCGACAGCUCGCGCAGCGUCCGGCCGCACGACUUCGAGAGCAUGACGAAGUUCAUCAUCGACAUCCUGGACACGCUGGACAUCGGACUCAGCGCCACCAGAGUGGGCGUGGUCCAGUACUCCAGUCAGGUCCGCAGCGAGUUCUCGUUGAACUCUUACGGCGACGUGUCCGGCAUGGUGGACGCCAUCCGGCGCAUCGUGCCGCUGGCGCAGGGCACCAUGACGGGCCUCGCCAUCCGCUACGUCAUCAACAACGCCUUCAGCGAGCACCGAGGCGACCGGCCCGAGGUGCCCAACGUGGCGGUCAUCGUGACGGACGGCCGUCCUCAGGACCGCGUGGCGGAGGUGGCGGCGGAGGCUCGCGAGAAAGGCAUCGAGAUCUUCGCGGUGGGCGUGGCCCGGGCCGACACGGCGUCCCUCAGGGCCAUGGCGUCCCUGCCCUUCGAGGACCACGUCUUCCUGGUGGAAACCUUUGACCUCAUCCACCAGUUUGGACUUCAGUUCCAGGAUAAACUCUGCGGUGUGGAUCUUUGCGUGGAGUCCGAACACGGCUGUGAGCACAUUUGUGAAAGUUCUCCAGGCUCUUUCCGCUGCCUCUGCCUGCCGGGAUACACGCUCAACGACGACGGCAAGGCCUGCGCAGCCAUCGACUUGUGCGCCGACGGCGCACACGACUGCGAGCAGAUCUGCGUGAGUUCUCCCGGCGUCUUCGCGUGCGACUGCGAACGAGGUUUCACGCUCAACCGCGACAAGAAGACGUGCACCACGUUGGACUUUUGUUCGUUCGGUAAUCACACGUGCGACCACGAGUGCGUGAGCGUGCUGAACGGAUUUCGGUGCCGCUGCAAAGACGGAUACCGGCUGAUGGACGACGGCGCCGCCUGCCAGGCCAUCGACUUGUGCGCCGACGGCGAACACGACUGCGAGCAGAUCUGCGUGAGUUCUCCCGGCGUCUUCGCGUGCGACUGCGAACGAGGUUUCACGCUCAACCGCGACAAGAAGACGUGCACGCCCAUCGACGUGUGCGCCGACGGCGAACACGACUGCGAGCAGAUCUGCGUGAGUGCUCCCGGCGUCUUCGCGUGCGAAUGCAACCGAGGCUUCACGCUCAACCGUGACAAGAAGACGUGCACGCCCUCGGACGUGUGCAACUCGCCGGAUCACGGAUGCGAGCAUCGCUGCGUGAGCACGGCGGGCUCGUUUUACUGCGUGUGCCCGGAUGGGCAACUGCUGCAGGAGGACGGCAAGAGCUGUGGAUCGUGCAAGUCGGCCAUCGUCGACCUGGUGCUGGUCAUCGACGGUUCCAAGAGCGUUCGGCCUCACAACUUCGAGCUGGUCAAGAAGUUCGUCAACGAGGUGGUGGACACCCUGGACGUGUCGGAGCACGGCACCCGGGUGGGUCUGGUCCAGUACUCCAGUCGGGUGAGGGCCGAGUUCACCCUGGACCGGUUCCACAGCGCGGACGACAUCAAAGCUGCCGUCAUGAAGAUCGAGUACAUGGAGAAGGGCACGAUGACGGGCCUGGCGCUGGCGCACAUGCUGGAGAGCAGCUUCUCGGAGGCGGAAGGGGCGCGGCCGUCGGCCCGCGGAAUUCCCCGCAUCGGUCUGGUCUUCACCGACGGACGCUCGCAGGACGACGUCAGCGAGUACGCCAAGAAGGCCAAACGAGCGGGAAUCGUCAUGUACGCGGUGGGCGUGGGCAAAGCGCUGGAGGAGGAGCUUCGCCAAAUCGCCUCGGAGCCCGCGGAGAAGCAUUUCUACUACGCCUCCGACUUCGGCGCCAUCGGCGCCAUUGCGCUCAACCUCAAACUCAACGUGUGUCCUGAGGAAAGCCAAGGCGAGAUCGAGGUGAAGGAUCCGUGCGCCUGCGAGAACCUGGUGGACUUCCAGCAGGCCACCGUGACCAACCUGGACCGCAUCACGCAAUCGCUGGCGGCGAUGAGCGCCCGAGUGGAGCAGCUGGAGCGGCGGCUGCUCAACGGGAAGUGAUGCGCAGGAAACGGGAAGACCCUCGAGUCCCGCAGUCACGAUGACAGUGGCGAGAAGCGGAACAACGAGAAUUACAACAAAGACAUCAACAACGAGAAAAGCAAGAACAACACAUCAAUGACAACAAAAACGAUAGCGACAGAAAGACGACCGACAAUAGACACCGACGGCGGCAACAUCGACAAAAACAAGAACAAGCGACAGCAAAAACAACAAGAACGACGUGAACACGAAGAACAACAACGUUGACAAAAGCAAGAAGAAGAAGAAUCCUCAGCAAGUUGCUGCUUGCGUUUCUGCAGGAAGUCGGUUCAGUUUUCGGUUGAUGCUGUGACGCUUUUGCUUUUGACGGUUGUCACGACGAUGACCACUCGACCAUUCCGAGCUCCAACGUGACCUUUGCUCCGAUUCUGGAAAGAAAUGUUGGGCAUGACCUUUGCGUCUUGGCGGACCAAAGAAAGAAAGACACACGUCACAACUUUUGUAUGACAAAUGCAUUCUUUUUUGUUUCUUAUGCUUUCUUUUUUGUUUGUGACGUACGGAACGGACACCAAUA